AAAAUUUAUUUUUUGCAUUUAUUUUGUUGAUUGCACUUUUCGUUACCAAUGCUAUUCCACUUGAGAAAAGUUCCACCGAUUUUUCUAAUCUUUGUAUUAUUGAGGGACACUUUGUAGGUGCAAUCAGUGCAAGUGUUUCUCCUGAUCCAGUAAUUUCUGAACAAAGUGUUAAUUUCAAAGUUUCCAGAACUCUAAAUUAUUCUGUUACGGAUAAAGAGCUGAUUUAUAUUGGCUUUUUUAAUGCUUUAGGCUCUCUUAUAGAAGAUUAUAAUAACUCUACUGCUCCUCGAACUGAAGCUGGAUGUUUAUUUAAUGCAAAUCCCACAUUUGAGGCACCAGCUAAUUUACCAAACCAAUACUAUAUUCGAGUUUUAGUUGCGAAAUCCAAGUAA